AUCCUAAACAAAUCGUCCAAACACAAGAAACACAAACAACAAGCACUUAAUAAAAAAGAGAAAAGCAAAUUACACCAAAAAAAUUCACACAGAAAAAAAUGGAGUCAUCAAAGAAGCUUGUUGCCAUGUUUCUUGUUUGCAUUGUUGUGUUAUCCUACUCUGUGCAUGUUUCCAAUGCUGCUGAUGAAGAUAGUGCAAGGAGAUUUGUGGAUAAAGCUCACGCAGAUUAUGCAGCUUGUUUCAAUGACUGUGACGAGGACUGUACUCAUCAAGGAUUAGGAUUCACAUUUUGUGAGGUUAAAUGUGACGAGGAUUGCACUGAUCAAUUGCUUAAAGCUAGAAAAUUGAAGAAUUAAAGCCUUGGAAAAGGACCAAAUAUAGAGGGGAAAAAGAGAAUAAAUAGGACAGUGGAUUUUUUAUUUCUACUAAUUAAUUAAUUAAUUAAUUCAAUUAUUAACCACUGUACUUGUAAUUUUUAAGAUUCAAUAAAAUCAUUUUUUGUCUCUAA